AUGAAUUAUCUCUACCGGAAUAACGCUGCCAACCGAAUUGCGUGGUUAAUGAAAACACUAUGCACAGACAAUUUACCGGCAUCGACAACAAGGUGUUACUCAACCAAAUUGGCUCCAGAACCACCGAAUGUAGCCAAAGUCUCUGCCUCCGGUAGUAAUGUCCCCGCGGAGCGGAAAUCCAUAAUCCCGCCCAACUACCGAUACGUGUACCAAGAAUUUCUCCCAGACCCGAAAGUCGAAUGGCGCAAUUCCGUACGCGAAAAGCUCGAACGCAAGGAUAUGUUGGACCGACGGGCCAACAUCGAUAUACCGGAGUUUUAUGUUGGCUCUAUUGUUGCCGUUACGUCUUCGGAUCUGCAUGCCGAAAAUAAAACCGCCCGUUUCGUAGGUAUUUGCAUUUUAAGGGAGAAAUGUGGACUGCGUGCCAGGUUCAUUCUGCGCAACGUGAUCGAUCAUCAAGGUAUCGAGAUUAGCUACGAUUUGUAUGAUCCGACGCUGCAAAAAAUCGAAGUGCUACGGCUGGAAAAGCGGCUGGACGAUAGUUUGCUGUACCUGCGCGAUGCAUUGGAUGAAUAUAGUACGUUCGAUGUUAAUAUGGAACCGGAAAUCUUACCCGAAGGUUCACCGGUGCCGAUUAACGAUGUGAAAGUGGUGCUCAAGCCGAGACCUUGGUACGCACGCUGGGAACGACACAACCUUCAGGGUGUGGCCAACAUUGACGAGCACACGAACGAACGGAAAAGACGGAAGGCAGAAGCAGUAGCGCAACCGUGGGAGAAGUACGAUCUCAUGAAAGAGUACCGUCGCACCAUACCAGAGGAAGAGCAGAAGGAGAUUUUUACCGAAAUUUAUUCGCAAAUCCACUCGCUAGAAUUGGCACGGAAGAAGAUGAAACGCAAGCGCACGUUUGUGAAACCUACCAAACUCGCUUAA